CAGUAGAAGACAGGCGGCUGUUUGGAUGCGCAGAAGCAGUAGAGUAAAGGGAAUAGCUGGGCUGUCUUCAGUCUCCAAGCUCCUGAGAAGGAAAGCACAGCACAAGCAGCACAGGCAUCCUGCACCUCCUGCAUAUUCUUUUCAUCCACAUUUACUCAUGCGCGUGCACUCGAACCUGAACUAUACAAGAUGGUGUAGCUGGACUAGUGCAAUAUACAAGACAUACACAGGACAAAUACAGGAAUUUCAGCUAUGUGAUUAUGGUUCCUGUGGAGCCUGUGCCUGUUUUUUUUUUCCAUCGUGUGAUCAGGGACACAAGUGCAUAAGUCAUCAUGUGAUUGGAUACAAGGACCCAACAAGGACCACAGUUUGUAACAAAAGAUUUUUUACUGAAGGCUGGAUCAUAUUGUCAAGAGGGUAACCUCAUAAUAGUACGAUUCUCCAGCCCUAGUUUCAUCUAAUUAGACGGAAUGUGCUUUCUUGGCCAAAUCUAAGUGCCUGAGUGCCUCUUGUGGAGCCUAGCCCAUCAACACCUGCAACAUGCUCAUAUAUGUGCAUAGGUUUAUUUAUCAAUGAAUGAGGAAUGUUUAAGCUUAAAAUUCCACAGAUGGAACCAUUUACUCAGAGGAUCCCAACUUGCUGUGUCUUCCACUGCCAAAAAAAAAAUCCAAAAAUUUAUUUUCCUGAUGUGCUCGGAACAAAUUCAAGUGAUUUAAAGAGAAACCCAAUGAUUAUUGUUUUAACUUUGCCCAGACAAGGACAGACUUUGUAGAUGAAGUAUUGUUGAUCAAAGCCUAUAAACCUUACCAUUGUUGAUUUGAAAAUAAAAGGUACUUUUCAGUGAAUUUUAUCAAAAGACUCAAAUGUUUAUAAUGAUGAUACCACUGAAUUUCAGUUUAAGUGAAUUUGGUUUAAGAAAAUCUGCAUAAUGGCUGAAGCUACAGAAUAUAAUGGGACUGAAAGCAUGUUUUCUUCCACCAACCUUCCCUUUAAUUUUACUAUUGAAUACGAAGAUUUUCAUUCAGAAUCCAAUGCUAGCAAGAUCAUUAUCCCUUCUAUCUACGCCCUUGUUUGCUGUGUGGGCAUAAUAGGAAAUGCUAUGGUUAUAUAUGUCAUCCUCAAGUACGCCAAGAUGAAAACAGCGACAAAUAUUUACAUUCUAAAUCUUGCGAUUGCUGACGAGCUCUUCAUGUUGAGUGUUCCAUUUCUGGCUACAUCAGCUGCAGUGCGACACUGGCCCUUUGGUUCGUUGAUGUGUCGGCUGGUCCUUAGCGUUGAUGGCAUCAACAUGUUCACUAGCAUUUUCUGCUUGACUGUGCUCAGCGUGGAUCGCUAUAUUGCAGUGGUGCACCCCAUCAAGGCAGCACGCUACCGCCGACCAACUGUUGCUAAAGUGGUUAAUGUCUGUGUGUGGGGACUUUCACUUCUCGUCAUCUUGCCCAUCAUUAUCUUUGCGGACACUGUUCCGGCACAGGAUGGAGGGGUAGACUGUAACUUUCUGUGGCCUGAGUCCUCAUGGUCAGAAGCAUUUGUGGUGUAUACCUUCUUGCUUGGCUUCUUGCUUCCUGUGGCAGCGAUCUGCCUGUGCUACUGUUUAAUCGUUGUGCGUAUGCGUGCAGUAGGGCUCAAAGCAGGAUGGAUGCAGCGACGGCGCUCCGAAAAGAAGAUCACUCGCAUGGUGCUGCUCGUGGUCGCUGUCUUCGUACUUUGCUGGAUGCCCUUUUACAUAGUGCAGCUUGUGAGCGUGUUCUGCCAUCCACCAGACCCCAUGGUGACUCAGCUCUUUCUUAUUCUAAGUUAUGCUAACAGUGGUGCUAAUCCUAUACUGUAUGGAUUUGUGUCUGACAACUUCCGCCGCUCCUUCCAGAGAAUUGUCUGCUUCCGCUGGUUGGAGAAUGGGCCGGAUGCAGAACAAGUGGACUACUGUGCUGUGGCCCUCCGUCGCCAAACAACAUGUACUCCACAGGAAUUCCCUAAAGAGUGUUGCUUAGCCUCUGAUAUGGUGUUUCGCAAUGGGACAUGUACCUCUCGUACCACCACCCUUUAAAUGUUUCUAAAAAAAAGAACUUUGAGCAAAAUGUAGGUUUAUAUAUAUACAACUAUCUAUACACAAUAAGUAUUUAAAGUUACCUUGAAUUUCUCCUUAUAUGUACUGCUAACUGAUUGUAAUAACUAUUAUUUUGUAUAGGCUUACUAAUUAUGAUUAAAUAAAAAGUCUUGUUCUCUUUGUAAAUUUUCAGUAAUCUGUGUCAAUGUGUUAAAGUUUACCAGGUGUUCACUGAUUGCUUUGGCAUGGCCAAAUCAUCCACAUUGUUGUUCAUGAUUAAAUUUGUAUUUAUCUCCUGAAAUCAAAUAUGAAUGUAUUUCCUGCAACAUA